GAGAGUGGGGCCCGGCGAAGUUAAACCGCGAAGCUCUCAGCCGCGAAGGCAGUCUGGGGACAUUUGUCUUUCAUCUUCUUCCUCGUGGAUUCCGACCUUCACCGAAUUCAGCUUCAGCAGCAGCAUCAGCAGCAGCAGCAGCAGCAGCAGCAGAAGCCAUGGAAUCGCGGCGAUGGGAGCUGUUGCUCUCUCUUUCUCUCCUGCUGUCGUUCCUCUUCGUCUCCGGAGCCAGAGGCUGGACCGGCGAAAUCCGCGGCCGGGUCGUCUGUGACGUCUGCGGCGAUUCUUCCAUCGGACCCGAAGAUCACGUCCUCCAAGGCGCUGAAGUCGCUGUUCUUUGCAUCACAAAAUCUGGUGAAGUUGUCAACUAUCAAGCAUUUACAAACUCCAAGGGGGUAUACAAAGUUGCAGAGACGAUGCCCGAGAGUGAUCGCUGGGACGCUUGUCUUGCACGUCCCAUCAGCAGUUUCCAUGAGCAUUGCACUCAACUUGGGGGUGGCACUGCUGGCGUCAAAUUUAGCUACAACCAUCCAUCAGGCUACUUCCAUACCGUUAGGCCGUUCGUGUAUCGCACUGUCAAUGUUCCAACAUACUGUUGAUUGUACUUGGUAUAAAAGGGGGUGAAAAAGAACAUACUGAUGAGUGUAAAGGUUGAUGUUCCAGCAACUGCUAUAGGAGUGCAGAUCUCAAUGCAUUGUCUCAUGCUAUAUCGCCGAAAAUGUAAAAUGCUUGGUCAUAGUCACCCGGAAAUAGAGGUUUCAUUAAUGUGGUCA